AUGCGGUACAUUAAUCCAUCCGCUCUCCUCGCCUCGGUCUUCCUUGCUAUUCCCUCUCUAUCGGCCGCCUUCUAUUUACCCGGUGUCGCGCCAACCUCGUAUGAUGAGGGCCAGCCCGUCCCGCUAUAUGUCAACCAUUUGACACCCGGCCUGUCGCGCGAUGACCAGCUUCAUUCCGUGUUCGCAUAUGACUACUACCAUCCCGCAUUCCAUUUCUGUGAGCCCAAAGAUGGAGCUAAGGAUGUUCGGGAAUCUUUGGGCAGUAUCCUGUUUGGGGACCGGAUUCGUACCUCGCCCUUCGAGCUGAAUAUGGCCAAAAACGAGACCUGUAAAUCGACCUGUUCCGCAGUCACCUUCGAUGCCCGGAGCGCCAAAUUCACCAACCGACGGAUAGCCCAAGGAUACAAUAUCAACUGGCUCGUGGAUGGACUGCCAGCCGCGCAGCUGAACUUUGACCGCGUCACCAACACCAAUUUUUACAACCCGGGAUUCUACUUGGGUGACUUGGACGAGAGCGGCCAGCCAUUUUUGAACAACCAUUUUGACAUCGUAAUCGAUUACCACCGCGUGAGCGCUAGCGGCCAAUAUCGGGUGGUGGGAGUGCUUGUCCAGCCGGAAUCCCGUGCUGAUUCACGCGCCGUGGGGGACGCGCCACCCGAUUGCGGCACCCCGGGUAAUGCCUUGAAGCUGACCGAAGACGGGGACACUGCGGUGAGCUGGACGUACAGUGUGUAUUGGAGGGAAUCCAACACGGCAUGGGCCACACGAUGGGACAAAUACCUGCAUGUCUAUGACCCGAAGAUUCACUGGUUCUCCCUCAUCAACUCGGCGGUCUUCGUGGUCUUCCUCGUGGGCAUGGUCAGCGUGAUCCUCGUCCGCGCCUUGAGAAAGGACAUUGCCCGUUACAAUCGACUGGAUUCGAUGAAUUUGGAAGAUCUCGACGGCACCUCGGCUGCGGUCGAGGAUGGUAUCCAGGAAGAUUCGGGGUGGAAGUUGGUCCAUGGGGAUGUCUUCCGGUGCCCCAAGUCGCCGAUGCUGCUCAGUGUGAUGGUGGGCAAUGGGGCCCAGCUGUUCAUGAUGACUGGCGUGACAGUUGCCUUCUCCCUUCUUGGUCUCCUCUCGCCCGCCAACCGUGGAUUCUUGGCCACCGCAAUCCUUUUGAUCUCGGCCCUGUUCGGAUGCGUUGGUGGCUAUGUUUCAGCGCGAGUGUACAAGGCGUUCGGGGGCGAGGCCUGGAAACGCAACAUUAUCAUGACUCCCCUGUUAAUCCCGGGCUUCAUCUUCGGCGUUUUCUUCCUACUCAACCUGUUUGUCUGGGCCAAGGGCUCGAGUGGUGCCGUACCAUUCGGCACAAUGGUCUCCCUGAUCCUGAUCUGGUUUGUUAUCAGCAUGCCGUUGAGUGUGGGUGGUAGUUGGAUCGGGUUCAAACAAUCGGCUCUCGAGGGUCCGACCAAGACCAACCAAAUUCCUCGCCAGGUGCCACCCAUGUCCGGGAGUCUGCGGACCAUUCCGUCGAUUCUCCUGACUGGCAUCCUGCCCUUUGGCGCCAUCUUCGUGGAAUUGUACUUCAUCAUGACCUCGUUGUGGACCAGCAAGAUUUACUAUAUGUUUGGGUUCCUCUUCUUGUGCUACGGGCUGAUGAUCAUCACCUCGGCCGCUACGACUGUUCUGCUGGUCUACUUCUUGCUGUGUGCCGAGAACUACCGGUGGCACUGGCGUGCAUUUACUGGUGCCGGGAUGACCGGCGGCUACGUGUUCUUGAACGCGCUGAUUUUCUGGGCCACGCGCGUGAGCUUCGGCGGGUUGACGGGAACCGUACUUUACGUGGGCUACUCAGCUCUGAUUGCCUUUGUGGUGUUCAUCUUGACCGGCUCCAUUGGCUUCUUCGCCAGCUGGGCGUUUAUCCAUCGCAUCUAUGGGUCUAUCAAGAUCGAUUAA